UUCAGAAGCUCCAGUUCAACCAACUCCAUAGUUCAUGCUAAAUACAAAAUCAUAUUUUGGCUAAGAAGUUUUAUUUUAAUCUGUUGAUUUGUUAUGAACAUCAGAGAAAACAAUUUCUUGGAAUUAGAAUCCAUUUCUGGAUCAAAAUGUUUGUUGAAUUUAGAUUUAACAUGUAAUUUUUGUAAUGUAAAUAAUACAUUUUCACAUUGGAUGUUGUUAAAAAAACAUCUUGAAGACCAUAUCAUUGAAUUAUCAAAAAAGGUGAAAUGUGACGCAUGUAUCAACACACAUGAUGUUGAAGGUGUGACAGCACCAGCAGGACCAUCACACAUAGAAUGUUCUUCAGAAACAUUCAAGCAAGAUAUUCAUAGAAACAAUGACAGUCUGAUUACAGAUGUCAAGUGUGUGCAUGCAGCAACCCCUGUUGAAGGUUCAAGUGAUGCUACAAUUUCAAUUGGAAAAACAAUAACUAAAAUAAUUGACAUCAACCCCAGAAUAAUAUUGAACCGUGAAAGACUUAGUGCCACUAACUUGGAUGCCAUGCUUCUUUUUGACACUGUUCCUUCAAAUGUUUUGGCAAAUGAUUUAAAUAUCUCUUCAAUCAUUCCACAAAGUAGAUUGUUUGGUAAAUCCACAUUACGCAAAGAACCUUCUUCCAUAUGCACUUUAAGGAAUGAAAAUGAGGCAAACCACAAUUCAAAUUACUGUUAUAUCUCUCAAGGUCAAAUUCAAACAGAAUCCAAUUAUUCAGCUUGUUCUAUUAUUCCCUCAACUAUAAGUAACAUUGACAACUCAUUGUACAAUAAGACCUUAUUAAAUAACGUGGAUUGCCCUAGCACUGCCAUCAUUAGUCAGGACUCUGAAAAAGAUGAAAUAGAAUCUUCUAAUAUUUCUGGUAUCUACACCACCAAAGUGCAUUAUUUUCCUACUGUGUGCAAAGAUGCCUUCAGAAACUGUAGUACUGAAAGUAAUUUCACAUCAUCAAGGAAAAUUGGCAAUUUAAACAAUUUACCCACAAUCCCUUCUAAUCUCCUUGUGAACAACGGUGUAAGCUCAGCAGAGCUGCUCAGUGAUAAUGAAGUAGCUGUGUUGAAUUUCAAGAAUGUUUCAUCAACCAAUUCAGCAUUGUGUGUAUCUAAUACACCGGAAAUGUACAGUGUUGUGAAGGAGAGCAAAAACACUAACUCAAAGAUCAAAACAUCAUUUAAACUUGGAGCUGGCAUAAUGAAUAAUGCUCGCCCUGUUAUUAAAGCACCAAUUAAUUUUUUGUCAUCUAAUGCCACUCUGCCUCCUGAAAUUUCUUCUAAAAAUAUGCCCAACUAUAUUUCCUUUGCUUUUAAGAAUGAACUUAAUGCCUCAACAGCUCUGGAUAAUUUUUCUACAUCUGAAGUGUUCUCUAGUCCCUCGGCCCACCUACACACUUCCUCUGGUGGUUCCAGAAGGUUUUUUAUAAUAAACUCAGAAUCUGUGGCUUCCUCUCAUACCAAUGAGACACACGUUUCUUCAUCAAAUGAUCUGAACAAUCUUCCUAAGUCUCCUGACAAUUAUAUUGAUUUGAUCUUUCACAAGAAAUAUCCAUCACAAGAUUUGGAACUUCGCACUGCCAAUGAAAAUGAUGUUUCUUCAACUAAGCCUGAAAAAGUGUGCAUCCAAAGCCAUGACAUUGCUGGUACUUCAGCAGUCAAUGAAACUUCAACCUCACCAGUCUAUGACCAUGAUAAUUUAGCUUCAUCCAGCGUUGAAGAAAAUGAAAUUGAUGAUCCAUCAUACCUCCAAAGCAAAUCCAUCUGUCCUGAAACUCAAGACAAGGUUAAUGUUGUUUCAACCAAGAUGAAGAAAUUGUUCAAGUGCACGGACUGUGACACGACGUUCUCAUCAAGGCGAGUGCUACUGGCGCAUCGAGCUGCCACUCACCGCAAAGCUGGGACUCAUGAGUGCGGUGAUUGCGGCCUGAGCUUUUCAACGCUUCACAAUUUGAAGAUACACAAGAAGCAUCGGCACGGCACCUCCAAGGCAGUUCCAGCAUCUAAUUUGUGUGCUGUGUGUGGGAAGAGAUUUGCAUCAAAAUCAAACCUUACACUUCAUCUCAGACUUCACUCCGGCAUCAGGUCGUUCGUAUGCUCAGUGUGCAAGAAAAGCUUCAGCCGCAAAUGUACGCUGGACAAGCACAUGUUGUACCACACCGGCGAGCGGCGCUACACGUGUGAGCGCUGCGGCACUGGCUUCUAUGCAGCGCAUUCCCUCAAACGUCAUCUCAAGAUACACGACGGCGAGCGUUUGUUCAGCUGUGAUGAGUGCAGCGCAACAUAUGUUGCGUCGUCUGAUCUAACGCGCCACAAGCUCUCCCAUGUCGCCGUCAAACCUCACGCCUGCACCGUCUGCUGCAAGACGUUUGCACGCAAACAUGACCUCAAUGUGCACCGCCUUUAUCACGCGGGAUCGUCGCGUUUCAGCUGCCAGUAUUGCGAGCGUCAGUUCGUGGAGGAGAGCAACUACAAGCGACAUCUUCGUCAACACACCGGCGAGAAACCUUACCAGUGCAACGCUUGUGGCAUCCGAUACUCUCAGCUGCAUCACGUGAAGAAGCAUGUCGCGACGUGUCAUCGUGACGUGCAGGGUGGAGCUUCAGACCAGACGUCAGCUGAUCGUCCUUCGUACUCAGUUCUUCAAAAUGAAUCUCGAAAUCGUAGAGGAUAUCUUGAGAAAAUUAAGAUUUCUUCAGAAACAUGAAUUUAAUUUCUAGUCAGCCUGUUAUUUUUCAGAAACAUGAAUAGAUUUCGCUAAAAUCUAUAGUUCUUUCAAAUCACAAGUUUGAUUUAAUCAAUGAUAAUCAACCUAUUUUAGUUUCAAAUUUCUAGCCAGCCUUUUUAAGUUUCGAUAAAUGAAUAGAUUUCGAUAAAAUCUAUAGUUUUUCAAAUCGCAAGUUUGAUUUAAUCAAUGAUAAUCGACCUAUUUUAGUUUCAAACCCAAAAGUAUGGGCUUAUUGGGUUUAGUUUCAAACCCAAAAGUAAAGUCAAAUAUUCUUCCGUAUCUAGAAGAUGACAUAGGUAUUUCAUUAAUUACCAUACUAUUUGAAUUUGGAAAUAUAUUAAUAUAGAUAAAAUCGUAAGUGCUGAGAGAGGAAAGUUGUUUUGAAUUAACGGCAUCCACCUCCUGUGGUUGGGAUAUCCAUUUAUGAUCUUCAACCAAUUAUUGUACUUGAUUAUUUUGAUAAGACUAUUACCUCAAGCCAGGCUCCCACCAGAGAAAGCUAAACGUAACAAAUAUUUUUAAGCUUUGUAAUUCGUAGACGAUUAUUGUGUUUUUUUUUAUUAAAUUACGUGUGUAUUGUGGAUUUUUAGUCGAGAAUUUGAGUAUGUUAUUAAGCGCUCUGAAAUCAUUGAAGAUGGAUUUUAAAACGAAAGCAGAAUAAAUCUAAAAACCGCGUAUGUCUAACUGCCGCACGUUCUACGACCGUUUACUAUCUACCACGAUACUCGGAAUGUUAUCAGCAACCGAUAAACCACAGUUAGAUGGAAGGAAAGGCAUGCUCAUUUAUUUAUUCGACUCGAGUCAGAUUCUACUUCAUGACCUCACAACUGGGUUCUUGAUUGAUCUGAUAAUAUUACUGGAAACUGGUUUUCGCCUGAAAGUUCUGAUUCUGUAAAUGGCAAGUAACUAGAUUUCUUGGACAAAUACUCUCUGCGAUAGCGUUUUUUUAUCUUGUAUUAUUUACAGUAUGAUAAACCAUCGUCAAUCUAGUCAGCAGUUAACAAUUAAGAGUACUACCCAGAGUUACAUUACACGAUAGUUAACAUCAUCUGGCCCUUUUUGGAGGCUCACUUGUACAUGAAUCUAGUUAUUAAAUUGUACAGAUAUUUUACUGGUGUCCAAUAAAAUGUUUGAUUUUUGUCAUUUUCAUCAUGAAAUAAUCG